UAAAAACACACCCCAGUUUUGUUUGAUCGCUUUUUUUGGGUUCCUUAGAAGAAACUGAAUUCUGCAGAAAAUGAUAGGUUAGAGAGAGAGAGUAGAGAGAGAGUGUGUGUGAGUGAGAGUGAGAGUGAGAGUGAGAGAAAGUGACUGAAAUUAGAUGGAUGGUUUGAAGGUAAUGUAUGGAGGAAUUGUUGGUUGUGUGUGUUUAUUUUCAGCUGGGCAUUUCGUCGAACACUUGUUGUCAUCUUCAAUGAGAUUUCGAGCUUGUUCUUCCGAAUGAUUUGGCUCUGAAAUUUAUGGAAUCCGAUGGUCUUUUUUUUAGGCAGGCGUUGAAUUUAUGAAUAUACAUUUGAUUAUUUGAUUCUUUUAUACCUUCGUUUGGUGAUUUCUUUGUUCUUUGAUUGAUAUUCUUUGUUGCACAUAAAAACCUAUCAUCAUCAUCAUCAUCUUCAUAUAGGACACACAAAGGCAUAUAUACAUAUACAUACAUAUAUAUAUUAUUUUAUACACACACACACACACAAAAGGAUUGUUUUCUUGUUGUUUCGAACAUCGGAUUCCGAUUUUCUGUUGUUGAUUUUCACACACUCACUCACUAUAGAAACCACAUUGUUCUUCUGUUUCUCUUGAUUAUUGUGAAUUGUGUAAACUGUGUUCUCAUUCGAUAGAAGAAAUUGACAUAGAGAAACAUAGAAAAGGGUUAUUCAAGGGUGGGUGGGUGGGUGGAUUGGAUUGGAUUCAAUUGUUAUUUACAGCAGAAAAGGGAAAGAUUUGGUUGUAUCUGAAGCAUGUUGGCUGGUUGUUCUUCGACAUUGUUGUCGUCUCCGAGGCAUAGAUUAAGGAGUGAAGCAGCUGCACAGUUUCAAGCUUACCAUAUUCCAGCAAUGAGCACGCAGAGGUUGGACAUCCCCUGCACUUUCGCGUCGCGCAAAGACGGAUCGCGGCCGCAGCCGGUAAUGCCGGUCAGCCUAUCGAUUGAAAAGCCAAGCAGCGAAGUGAAUAGGACUAGCGGGUGUUCUCUUAGGCAGAGCAUCAAGCUUCCGCCGUCGCCAGCCGAGGCUCGGAAGGAGAUCAAGGAUGAGUUUUGGGAGAGGGGCCGGAGUAGCCUCAAGAAGAGGUACGCCGGAGAAGUGUCGACGUACGACAACGACGAUGAUGAGGCAGCUUACAUGAACAGAGUGAAGAGGAAACGAGGCAACGGGAAGUCGGAUCAUCGUUCUACAUCGAAAGCCGAUAGUUUCUGGUUUCAUCCUGGCUUCGGCGCGCCUCAGUUGCCGUUUUCGCUCUCGUGCUCGGGAGACGAAGAAGGCGGCGGGGAGAGAGUGUGUUUCGUGCCGGGAAACGUUAAUAUCAUGGCGCCGCCAUUGCCGCCGCUGUCGCACAUACCAUGGUUCGAUUCCGUAGUGACGGAGAUCACAGAUUUAGGUGAGAAGGACGCUGAGAGGAUCAAGGUCCCGGUGAAGGAGGGGUCGGGAUCGUCUAGCACUUCUUCGGGUAGCCACGACGGAAAUCCGGUGGAGAGCGAAGUCGGGAAUCCAGGUGAAAGCACCGCUGCGGCAGCCGUCGUCGUAGCCGGUCACAACGGCGAGAAUAAUCACCGGGAACACGAUUGCGUCGAGCUCGUAAGCUUACUCGUGGCCUGCGUCGAACAAAUAGGCUCGAAGAACAUUCCCGCCGUCAACCAUUGCCUUGCGAGGCUCGGCGAGCUCGCCUCUCCGCGAGGCUCUACCGUACACCGGCUCAUUGCUUACUACACCGAGGCGCUGGCGUUGCGGGUCGCGCGGCUUUGGCCGCAUAUCUUCCAUGUCGCCGCUCCUCGGGAGCUCGACCGCGUCGACUACGACGAGAGCGGCACAGCCUUGAGGCUCUUGAACCAGUUAAGUCCGAUUCCAAAGUUCAUCCACUUCACGGCGAAUGAGAUCCUUCUGCGCGCCUUCGAAGGGAAGGACCGAGUUCACAUCAUCGAUUUUGACGUGAAGCAGGGGCUGCAGUGGCCGAGUUUGUUCCAGAGUUUGGCUUCCAGGCCGCGUCCGCCGAGCCACGUUCGAAUCACCGGCGUGGGCGAGUCAAAACAGGAGCUGAUCGAGACGGGGGAGCGACUCGCCGGAUUUGCGGAGGCGUUUAACCUGCCGUUCGAUUUCCAUCCCGUUGUCGACCGGCUGGAAGACGUGCGGCUGUGGAUGCUUCAUGUCAAGGAGAAGGAGACUGUAGCUGUGAACUGUGUACUGCAGCUGCACAAGAUGCUCUACGACGGCACCGGUGCAACGGUGAGGGACUUCCUCGGGCUGGUACGGAGCACGAACGCGGAGGUCGUGAUCGUGGCCGAGCAGGAAGCAGCGCACAAUGGAGCCAGCCUCGAUGCUCGGCUUUGCAACUCGCUGAAAUACUACUCAGCGGUAUUCGAUCUGAUCGAUGCCGGUGGCCUCCCGAUGGACAGCCGAGUCAGGAUCAAGACAGAGGAGAUGUUUGCACGGGAGAUCAGGAACAUCGUCGCUUGCGAAGGACGGGACAGGUCGGAGAGGCACGAGACUUUCGGGAAGUGGCGCGAGGUGAUGGAGCAAGGCGGUUUCCGGUGCGUCGGGAUCGAGGAGAGGGAAGCGCUGCAGGGACAGAUGAUGCUGAAGAUGUACGGCUGCGAGGAUUAUUAUUCCGUCGAGGUGCAAGAACAACAACAACAACAAUGUCGAGAAGCUCUCACUCUUCGCUGGCUGGAUCAGCCGCUGUACACUGUCUCGGCGUGGAUGCCGGUUGAUGCCGCUGGCGCGUCAAUGUCGCACUCACAACAGCCAUAGAGUUAAGGAAGACUGAUCGACGACGAGGAGGAACAGAUGGUUUGGUUACUUACUUACUUACUGGAUUGAUUUUGAUUUAUAUUCUUUGUAGGUAGAGGAAUAUGUUAUAUCUUUCAUUCUUUCAUUCAAUGUUGCAGAUAAGAUUUGUUGUCAUUUUUUUUGGAGGUUAGGAAAGAAAGAAACAGAGAUAGAUUAUUAUCAUUAUCAUUAUCAUUAUCAUUAUUAUCGUUGUUGUUAAAUUCUUUGAUUCUUUCUGUAAGCUGGAAUAUGAAUUUGCUUUGAGGUUU